AUGGAGGUGCCGCGGGCUAGCCCCACUCGGAUGCUCUCUCUUUGGACUCUGUUGAUUGGCAGUUUCAACAUCACAGGUCUCCGGCCGGGGUCAAGUGUCAGGGCGGAGUCUCUCGACGUUGUCAAAGUGCCAGCAGUGUCAGGCGGGGAUGCGACUCUACCCUGCGAUACUCGCUCGCAGCCGUCAGACGUGCUUCUCCUUGUCGUAUGGUAUAAGGAUGACGUGCCUAUUUACAGCUACGAUGGCCGAGCAAAAGCAACGUCUGCUCACUGGGCGGAUGACAUGCUAGCGGGCCGAGCGAGAUGGCACUCAACGAAUCCAUCUGGCUUAAGAAUACGAGACGUGGUCGCCAGCGACCGUGCUUUGUAUCGGUGCCGAGUCGAUUUCAAGAUUUCUCCUACAAGGAAUCAUAAAAUUGAGCUCGAUGUUAUUGAGCUUCCGGAGAAGCCAAAGAUCUUCGAUGAGAAUGACAAAGAAGUAAUAGGAGCUGCAGGCCCUUACGUAGAAGAUAGUAGUUUGAAACUUACCUGUGUUGUAAGUGGAGGCAAACCAAUGCCUCGCCUGCGAUGGUGGCGUGACGACAAAGUUGUCACUCAACUGUCGCCGGUCGAGGAUGGCUCCAGAUUGAGUGUCCUCGAGUUGAGGAUACCCAGGUUGACCAGACAGUAUUUGGAAGCAGUGUAUACUUGUACUGCUGAUAAUACUUUGCUGGUCCCGCCUUUGAGAGUCAAUGUGCAGAUUCAGCUUUAUCUGCGACCACUUCUAGUUGAAAUUCUAGAAAGGGAGCAGCCGUUAUCAGUAGGCCGAGAAACAGAGAUAGCUUGCAGAGCAGUAGGCGCCAGACCUCCUGCCGUCAUCACUUGGUGGCUUGAUGAUCGGCAGCUACAGGUUGUAGAAGAUCAGAAGAACUCAGACGAUCGAAACGAAACAAUAUCAAUACUACGGUGGACGCCACUUAUGGAGUACGAUGGAAGAGUGUUAACAUGCCGCGCCACACACGUGAAGCUUGAUCGAUCUACUAUUGAAAGCACCUUGUCGCUUAAUUUGCACUAUGUGCCAAUAGUCACGCUACAGUUGGGUUCUAAAUUGAACCCAAACGACAUCGAAGAAGGAGAUGACGUGUACUUUGAAUGUGUCGUUCGAGCCAACCCGCCUGCUUACAAAGUUGUCUGGGAGCAUAAUGGCCAAAUAAUGACGCACAACCAAAGAGCAGGCGUCAUUGCAGGUUCCGCUCAUCUCGCAUUACAAGGAGUAUCGAGAGAACAAGCCGGGAAGUACGUGUGUACUGCAUCCAAUGUUGAGGGAGAUGGAAAAUCACGGCCUGUAAAAUUGCAAGUUAUUUAUAAGCCAGUCUGCACUAACUCACAAACAACAAUAGUUGGAGCUGCGUUAAACGAAGCUGCUAAAGUUACAUGUGAAGUGGAUGCCUUUCCAUUACCGAAAAACUUUCAAUGGACACUCAAUAAUUCUAUGGGUACCGUGGAACUUGAUCCAGCAAAAUUCACAAUCGAUCCAACAGGAACAUCUGUUCUUUUAUACACGCCAACAACAGAGACAGAAUAUGGAUCUUUGUCCUGCAGGGCAACUAAUUUAGCUGGGCGGCAGAUAGAACCUUGUCGUUAUACAUUACUGCCAGCUAUAAAACCAGAUCCACCAUUUAAUUGUUCGUCUUUGAAUUUGACUGAAGAUUCAGCUGAACUGAGAUGUGUUGCUGGCUAUGACGGUGGCCUGCGUACGACAUAUUUCGUCGAAGUUUGGGAAUCCGGGCAUCUCCUUGCAAACGUUUCAACAGCCAUUCCAGUGUGGAAAUUAAGGGGACUUGGCUCCGGCAAAGCAUUGAAGUUGCUCAUCUAUGCGCAUAACGCUAGAGGACGAUCUGAGACUACUACAAUGAGGGUGCACACUUUGUCAAGAUUAACAAUACAUACAGAGGCAAAAACAGCCAGUGUAAACGUCGACACGAGUUGGGCACUCGGCAUCAUUGCAGGCAUCAUCGGAACUUUGGCUGUCGUGGUCAUCAUUGCUGUUAUGGCAAGGAAACGGCAUCACCGACCGAUGCAAUACGAAGCUCCACUACAAACGGUGAAGGCUUAUAAGAACUCAAUGCAUAGCGCCAAUCACUCACCCUUACACCCAGACGACAAGAAUCCGGACGUCGUUCCUCUUGGAAAAGAUUUCAAGUGCACACGGGAAUCAGAGCGGCCGCCGGAGCCACCUCCCUACGGCGCAGUAGUGUCACCCCCUGUGGGGUCAUCGCGGAGUGCCCACAGCUUACAGCAGCAUGAAGCCAGAUCCACUACUCCGCACACACCUAAUACGCCUGCGUCUGAUGCUCAGAGCAUCGGUACGCUAGCGGACGACAGGCGGAGCGUGACCAGUGGGACUCUAUCGCGGCGAAGAGAAGUUGUCACUACGCGGACACCACUGCUAGCGAACGCAAGAGAAAGCUGUGUCUAGUCUGAUUACUGUAAUUUAUUUAAUCUGUGGCUCUUCACAUCUAAGGAAACUGGAUCUAUUUUUGUAUGUUAGGUUUUCGAAUUUUUAAUGGUUUGAAGUAACAUUGCUAUUUCUGUAUAGUUGAAGUUAUUUGCACCGAUGAAUGUUAUCUCUUGGAACGGCGUAUUCUUUUAUUACAAUAGGGUAAUUAAUACAUUACACUUCUUUUAUUUAUAGCGUAUACGGAUGUAAU